GCCUCUCGACUUCACGCUCCUUUAUGGUGAGGGGCAUCUGACAUCGAGUUCAUACUCGCGCCUACUACAUAAACAUCCCGAACUUUUCUACCAUGGCUUUGGAAUUAUCAAAAUCCGGUGCUUUGGCCCGGCGUUCAAAUGACACAGAGCUGAUGCCUCCGCCACCUAAACGCAUAAAGCGACCAAAGAACGUCAUUGAUGAAGAAUCAUACACCGAUGCGAUAUCCGAGAUUAUCGCCCGCGACUUCUUCCCCGGCCUGGUCGAAACAGAGAUCCAGCAAGAGUAUUUGGAUGCGCAAGAAUCUGGUGAUAAAGCAUGGAUUGCCAGCGCCAGUCGCCGACUGUCCCAUGUUAUGACACCAGGUCGGAGGGGGAGGCGAGGAACAUCGCUCCAGACCCCGUUGCGUGCUUCCGAUACACCCAAAGGGUUUGUGGGGGACACGCCUAUGUCUGUGGCGUCGGAUAUGACGACUUCAACGCAGGCGGGGACAGCAGUGGAGGUGAACACAAAUAUGAGUUUGGACAAGUUUCAAGCAUUGUACACGAGCGAGGAUAAUGAGAGCUUCUACAAGCUCUUGGAUAAGCAGAACCAGAAACGGGCAGAGAAGUACGCCUGGAUGUGGACGGAGAAUAACAAGCUUCCAUCAAAGAUGAUGCUCAAACAGAAGGAGGUCGAAGUCAAGCUUUUGCAAUCGAGAAGCUCCUUAGAAGACGAUGGUGGCGAGAGGAAUAGGCUUGCAAUUCGGGAUGUGGCAGAGAAACCUGCUCGCCCUGAUGCUUGGAAGUCGAAACCGAACAACGGACUGAUGUUCGCACCGGACAGUGUGGAGGAUUCAGUGGAGACUAUAUCUCAAAAGGCCCAAAAUGAAUCUAGGGCAGCCCCGAAGAGCGUGGCAUAUGCCAAUACCCGCAUGCCAACGGAAGCAGUUGUUCGCGAAAACUCGAAUAUCCCUUCUUCACCAUCCCUUUCCGCAAUCAAGGACGCUAUAGCUGGACGACGUCGCGCCUCAGACUUAGAAUCGGGUUACAAUGGAAGUGAGACACCCCGAGUCAAUGGGUAUGCUUUUGUGGAUGAUGAACCCGAGGAAGAAUCAUAUGCACCUGCUCCAAUAAUCAAUCUUGGGAAAGGGGAUAAAGUCAAAAAUCCUUUCGUUAUCACCGAGCAGAGCAAGAGGGAAGAUUUGCACCAUCGAAUGGUAGAUAUCAAUGCCAGCAAGAAACGAGCAUCUUCGAAGUAUGGGAUGACAGGGAAGGUUGAUAUGACGCCUGUGCCGAAGUUUCCCAGCAGUCCAAGGGUCAACUCGGGGCAACUAACUCCUGCGGCUCAGCGUCUUUGGAGCAGGGUGGGGAGUUCCGGUAGACACGGAUCAUCAGAUGCAUUUGGGAUUAAGACGCCUGGCACAGUAAAAGCCAAAUCUGGAUUGAGAGCUGGGUGGACGGCGUCUGGAAAAAGAUCAUAGGUUUCUCAAAUUAUCAUGGAGUCAGAAGGGAUUAGAGUGGCAGGGAAAGGCGCUAGGAAUACCCAUUUGAGAUACUUGCUGCAUUACAUCUGUCAAAGCCCCUCGGUAGGAUUCAGGGG